AGGAAACAGGAAGUGUUAUGUUAAACAGAAACAGGGCCGAGUCUGCCUUGUUUUUCUCUUCAGUUAGAAGACACCCACUAACAACAUUUCACGCUGUUAUAAGACACAGCGCUGAGAGAAGAGACGGACAGCUUUCAGUCGUUCAUGAUUUAACGAUGAAGAUGGUUUCAAAUCGCUCCUGUUUGUCGAGCUUAUUGAUCUGCGUCACUUUGUGGAGCCACCUGAGCAGCGGGGUGUUUGCUAAAUCAUACCGGAGACCAAACAUUGUUUUGAUUCUCACCGACGACUUGGACAUCGCUAUCGGGGGUCUGAAUCCACUAAACAAGACCAAAAAACUCAUAGGUGAUGCAGGGAUAUCAUUCACAAACGCAUUUGUUGCCAGCUCGCUGUGCUGCCCCAGUCGAGCCAGCAUCCUGACGGGGAAAUAUCCCCACAACCACCACGUCAUCAACAACACCUUAGAGGGAAACUGCAGCAGCAAAGCCUGGCAGAAGAGCGAGGAGGCUCACACCUUCCCCGCUUUGUUACGGACCAGCGGCUAUCAGACCUUCUUCGCUGGGAAAUACCUCAACCAGUACGGACACGCGGAGGCUGGUGGAGUGGAGCACGUUCCUCCAGGCUGGAACUACUGGGUCGCACUGGAAAAGAACUCUAAAUACUACAACUACACUCUGUCAGUGAACGGGAAGGCUCAGAAACAUGGAGCGGACUACAGCAAAGAUUACCUGACAGACGUGCUGGCCAACAUGUCUCUAGACUUCCUCCAGUAUAAAUCCAACUACCAGCCGUUCUUUAUGAUGGUUUCCACGCCGGCGCCACACUCCCCCUGGACGGCAGCUCCUCAGUACCAGGACGAGUUCAACAACACCAAGGCGCCCAGAGAUCCCAACUUCAACGUCCAUGGAAAGGACAAACACUGGUUGAUCAGACAGGCUAAAACCCCCAUGACCAACUCGUCUGUUCAGUUUCUAGAUGACGCUUUCAAGAAGCGGUGGAGAACUCUGCUGUCAGUUGACGACCUGGUGGAGAAAAUAGUGAAGAGGUUGGAGGUCAGAGGUGAACUGGACACGACCUACAUCUUCUUUACCUCUGAUAACGGGUACCACACAGGUCAGUUCUCUCUUCCUCUGGAUAAGAGGCAGCUCUAUGAGUUUGACAUCAGAGUUCCUCUCAUGGUCAGAGGACCAAACAUCAAACCCAACCAGACCAGCCAGAUGCUGGUGGCGAACGUCGACCUUGGCCCGACCAUCCUGGACAUCGCCGGGUACGACGUCAACAAGACGCAGAUGGACGGCAUGUCCUUCCUGCCCGUUAUGGAGGGUAAAAUGAACAGCAGCAGCUGGAGAACAGACAUCCUGGUGGAGUAUGAAGGAGAAGGAAGCAACGUGUCCGACCCCGCCUGCCCUCUGCUGGGACCCGGAGUGUCGGAGUGUUUCCCAGAUUGUGUGUGUGAGGACUCGUACAACAACACCUACGCCUGUGUGCGCACAGUCGCCCCCUCCGCCAACCUGCAGUACUGCGAGUUUGACGAUAACGAGGUGUUUGUAGAAGUCUACAACGUGACAGCGGACCCCUUCCAGCUCACAAACAUCGCAAAGACCAUCGACCAGGAAGUCCUGGAGAAGAUGAACCAUCGGCUGAUGAUGCUACAGUCCUGUGCCGGACAGUCGUGUCGGACACCCGGCGUGUACGACCCGAGGUAUAAAUUCGACCCUCGACAGAUGUUUACCAGCCACAGCUGGCGGCUCAGCAGACUCAGACAAACGAUGAAAUAAGAAGAACAGAAGAUGACGAGGAGAGGACGGAGGAAAGAAGGGCUGUAUUGUAUUUUGUAUUCAGCCUUUCCUGCUGUUGUUGCCUUGUUUUCGGGCCUCCUGAGCCAGUCUCUGUUGUAGAUGGAUGGAGAAGGGAUCGAAGGCAUCGUAUUUUUUGGGGAAAUAGGUGGGUUGCCAUGGAGACGGGAGGCCUCUCUGGGUGCAGCACCCACCAUUUAAACCUUCCAGUCUUGGCUGCUGUUUAGUGAUUUUUGUCAGUGGCUGUGCAGGGAUGCCAAAUUAUCGUUAAGGACGGAUUUACACUAGUAAGUCAUUAAUUUUAAUUGUGCAUUGAAUGUCUGCUCGGUCAGUCGUGAUAUCCGCUUAAAAUCCUGGAAAAAUGUGACAAAAGAUUGGCCCCCAAUGCAUAUAAAUUAAUGCCUGUUUCUCUGUGGAGAAUAUCAUAUCAACGAUCCAAACAUUUACUUCUCUGAAUACACAGUGCCUGAUUCGUCUUUGGUGCAUUCGGAUCGUCCUCAAUCAUCUGUCGGAAAAUUGGAAAUUUUCAAUACCGGAAGUAAACACAUUAACUUCAACUAUAGGGCUCAUUUAUUGAUAAACAAUUUCUGCUAUUAAACUAAUUUAGCGUAUAAAAUAACAAACAUAAUGACAUGACCGUCACUUGUUCCCAAAUCCCAAAGUGUCGCUUUCAGUUUAAGGCUGCAACUAACGAUUAAUUUCAUUAUCGAUGAAUCUGUCGAUUAUUGUCUCCAUUAGUUGACGGAUUAUUUGAUCUAUAAAAUGUCUGAAACUGGAGAAAAAAAUCUUGAUUACUGUUUUCUCAAAGCCU